GGGACUCCACCCACAAUCUGACUAGAAAUAAGGAAAUAGACACACAUCAAGCGACAGACAAAAGGAGGUAGACACACCCAUUUCCUCGAAGGUGAAUAGAAGAGGGUAUUUGGACUAUCGGAGCUGUGGAUUUACUGAAAUACUACAAUCAAACCAGCACUGGCUUCACAAACUGAAAGAUCACUUUAAGAACUGUGAGUAAAAGUGACAGUGAAAGCAACUUUCAGAAAGCUUUAGUUUAUAGAACUGAAUUUUUGAAACAAAAUGGCUACUCAGUCAGAAAUGGCCUGUUCUUGUCCGAUUUGUUUUGAGAUCUUCAGAGAUCCUGUGGUGUUGUCAUGUAGCCACAGCUUCUGCAAGGACUGUUUGUGCAACUGGUGGGCAGAGAAACCACUUCAUGAGUGUCCAGUUUGUAAAAGAAGAUCUUCUAAAGACAAUCCACCCUGUAACCUAGUGCUAAAGAAUGUAUGUGAAGCUUUAAUGCAUGAGUUGACAUUAAAGGACAAGCCUUCUGCACAGACUCAGGCCCUCUGCAGUCAGCACUCGGAGAAACUGAGGCUCUUCUGUCUGCAUCAUCAGCAGCUGGUGUGUGUGGUUUGUCGAGAUUCCAGAACACACAAUAAACACACAUUCAAACCCAUCAACGAAGCUGCACAGGAUUUCAAAGCCUUUGUCAAGAAAUCCCUCAAACGUUUACAGGAGAAACUGCGGUGCUUUAAUCAAGUUAAAGUCGAAUGGGAUCAGACGGCUGAGUACAUUGAAGUCCAGGCUCAAAACACAGAGAAGCACAUUAAGGAAGAGUUUGGGAAAAUUCAGGAGUUUCUGCAGAAGGAAGAACAGGCCAGGAUCGAUGCCCUGAGGAAUGAAGCACAACAGAAGAGCAGCAUGAUGCAGCAGAGGAUUGAAGCUUUGACUGUAGAAAUGACGGCUCUGUCAGACACAAUCCAAGCCACAGAGAAGGAGCUGAGAAGUCAAGAUGUCUUAUUCCUGCAGAACUACAAAGCUUCAGUCAGACGAAUCCAGGAGCUCCACCCCACUGUGGAUCCAGAACUGCCCUCUGGAGCUCUGAUAGACGUGGCCAAACACGUAGGCAACCUGAGCUUCAACAUCUGGAACAAGAUGAAGCAGAUUGUCUCCUACACGCCUGUGAUUUUGGAUCCAAACACGGCCUCUUCUGAACUUAUCCUGUCUGAUGAUCUGAGAAGUGUGAAAUCUGAGAACAUGCACAAUGUGACGGUGCUUCCUAAAAACCCGGAGAGGUUUCAACACUAUUCUACAGUGCUGGGAUCUGAAGGGUUUACCUCAGGGACACACAGCUGGGAGGUUGAGAUUGGGGGCAAUCUGAACUGGUCAGUGGGAGUGAUCGGAGAGUCUAUCCCAAGGAAGGGGGAGAUUCAUAAUGGAUACUGGGAACUUUGGUUCAAGGAUGGUAAAUACAGAGCAUACUCUCCACCAUCUAUUGACAGAAUUCUGUCAUUAAAGGAGCCUCUCCAGAGGAUCAGUGUGCAUCUGGACUUAAACAGAAAAAAACUGUCAUUCUCAGAUGCAGACACUGACACACACAUCUACAGUUUCACAUUUCCUUUCACUGAAAAGGUGUUUCCCUUGUUUAACAUGGUGAAUCUAAUGCAACUGAAAAUAUCACCCAUGAAUAUUACUGCACAGCUUGAGAUGUAGAUGAUUAUAAAGAUGACAUGAGGCAAACGUGUUUAUAUUUCUAACUGAACCUCUCAUCAUACAAAUAUAAUACAAUAAAUAUUAAACCAUUCUGAAUAAAGUAAACUUUACAAACAGCACUUUGCUGUUAAGUGCAACAGUUUAUCAGUGCAAUCAGUUUUCAGUGUCAAAAAUGUAAACAUUAUAAUGCUUUUUCUGUUUUGUUAUGUUGCACUGCUGGACUCACCAAGGCACCAUCUUAUCUUCAUGUUAAUUUUAAGAAUUUAAGAAGAAUUUAAGAAAUUUUUAUUUGUUAAUAGGGUUGAUGUUACGGGUACCACAGCAGCAGCACCACGCAAACAGAGAAAUUCCUGAAAAAAAAAAAUGCAAUAACAAAGAUGAGGCAGGGCAACAAAGAAGAGACAACCAUUCAAAAUUAAACAACAUUUCAGGACACAAAUAAUACUUUUGUUGUCGUCACAUUCACCACACACUGAAAUCAAUCUUCUGCAUUUGACCCAUCACUUCAUCAUGCAUCACACACUGCAGACUAGGAACAGUGGUGUCGCUAUAUCAGGCACCCAAGGAGCAAAUGGGGGGUUAAAUGCCUUGCUCAAGGGCACAUCAGCCAGUAACACUCUGCCAAUCUGGGGAAUCGAGCUGGUGACCAGUCACAAGCUGACUCUCCAGCCUUGUACAUUUAGUUUUAAAUCAGUUUUGUUAUUAGGAAAACAUACAGCGUGACAAAAUACAAAUAACUGAUAAUUUGUUUUAAAUGCAUUAAUACUGAAGUUGCGAACCUUAGUAAUGUAAGGAGUAGAAAGUAGAGAUAUUUGUACUGAAACCUGGGUAGUGACAAAUAAUACGUUCUCAGAAGAGUGAUGAAAUCAGGGCAUACGAUAUAGUUGAGAAAGUGGUUCAAUUGUUUAUUUAAAAGUCUAUAAACUUUUAUUAGGUGUUAAAAAUAAUCACAUUACACUCUAAAUCUGAUUAUUGCAGGGAUGUAAGGAAUUGUGAAUUCAUCUACAUGUGUAAUGCAUAGUUUGUUGUGUUCUUCAUCUAAAGUUUAUUGAUAUAGAUGUGAUGGGAAAUCAUGGUGGAUUUUUUGUACAUUUUAUUUUAUUUUGUGUUUUUCUUUUGGGUCUUAAGUUGAAAAAAAUUGAGAAUCUUCUAAUGUUUAGUUGAUCUUUGCUUUAUACCCCUAUACACUAAUGCAGAUAUUUUGUAAAACAGGUAUUUUUCUCUAUGUUUGAGCCUCUUAUCCACACAUUUUAGGACACAAAAACAGAGAUUUUGAAGAAGUUUAGAUUAUUGUAAAUGCAUUUGUGUGUAUCUGAUGGGGCCUUCACACUGGCAGAGCUAGCUACGUGCUGGUUGUAGAAGACGACAAUGUGGAGGUGUGGAGUAAUGCCCUCCUACUUUGGUUCCAAGGUUCUGAGACUCCAGAACAAAGACAGAACCAAAACCUUGUCUGUCUUAAAGCGUUAUGUGUGGACAGGGAAAAUGGAAAACUGAAAAUAGUGUCACAUCCCCUUUUGUGCAGGUUAUGUUUGUUAUGGCUUUGAGUAAUGACACUGCAUCUGAAACAUUAAAUCCAAAUGUAUGAAUCUGUGUUUGACCUACAGUCAGUUGAGGUCAUAAACAUCACAUGGCAAAAAUCCCAAAAUGUAAAGAAGACACAUUGACAUCCUGAACCAACACUUAAGUUUAUAUGUUACCUUGUUUUUGCUUCACCUUGUUGCUGUUAUGUCCAGUUUUAUCCACAGUUUUAACAGAAACAAUGGUUUUUCUGAGCAUUUGUACCAGUUUGUAGUCAUUUUAUGUAUUAGAACAGACAUAAUAUGUAACAACCAAGGUCACAUGGACAGAAUUUGUUAAAAA